AUUUCCAGAGGUACGGAAAAAUGUAAUGUGAAAAAUCUAAAGCUUCUGUUCGCAUACACUUUCACCUGAAUAGCAAUCAAGAAUAAAUUAAAACAGUAAUUACAACAAAAUAAAAAGUAUAAGAAGAUAUUUGGCAAUGCCGCUCAUCUCAGUUUGACAGAUCUUGUCAGGUUUUAAGCCCCUAUGGUACGUGUUGGCACUCUGCCCAUGAGAUUGUUAGCCUUGGACUAUGGGGCUGAUAUUGUCUACACUGAAGAAUUAAUUGACUGGAAAUUUUUAAAAUCAAUAAGAAGAGAAAACGACGUGUUGGGUACAAUUGAUUAUUUGGAUAAAUCAGACGGGUCUGUAGUUUUUCGAACUUGUCAAAGGGAAAGAAAUAAAGUGGUGGUGCAAUUGGGGACGUGUGACCCACAACGAGCAUUAAAAGUUGCUAAAAUGAUUGAGAAUGAUGUUGCUGGAGUAGAUAUAAACAUGGGUUGCCCAAAAGAGUUUUCACUGAAAGGAGGAAUGGGGGCUGCUUUGCUAAGACAGCCUGAUAAAGCUAAAUCAAUUUUAUCCACACUUACACAACAUGUAAAUAUUCCUAUUACAUGCAAAAUUCGUGUUUUUGAAAGUGUUGAAGAAACCUUAGACUUGGUCAAAGAACUAGUAUCAACAGGAAUUUCAGCUAUUGCAAUUCACGGAAGAACAAAAGCAGAAAGGCCUCAACAUCCCAAUAGAAAUGGGACAAUAAAAAUUAUUGCAGAAAAUAUAUCGAUUCCAGUUAUUGCAAAUGGUGGUUCGAAAGAAAUUGAAAAACAUCAAGAUAUAUUUAAAUUUAAAGAAGAAUGUGGCUGUUCCAGUGUGAUGAUUGCAAGGGCUGCAGAAGCAAAUUGUUCAAUUUUUCGCAAACAGGGUUUAUUGGAUAUUGAGACUGUUAUAGAGCAGUAUCUUAAAUAUGCCGUUGAUUAUGAUAAUUCGCCUAGUAAUACAAAAUAUUGCAUACAAAAUAUAUUGAAAGAACUUCAGGAAACACCCAGAGGGAAAAAAUUUUUAGAAUGUCAAACACUGGAACAAAUUUGUGCAAUAUGGGAUUUAGCCGAUUACUGCCGAAAAAAACAAUUGCAGUUCCAUGCUCAAGGAAUUUUAAGUCGACGAGAAAUAACGCCAGACAUGUUUAGUCCCAAAGCCAAAAAAAUGAAGACUGAUUUAGAUGAAGACGUAAUCGAAAUGAAAUGUGCCUUUAUUAGAGUAAAUUAUCCAGAAGAUCCAGAUUUGCCGAAAUCAAAAAUUAUAGCAUAUUGUGGAAAACACAAAUUUGAUUUACCAAAAUAUAAAACCAUCAACGAAGAUAAAUUAUUUCGCGCAAUCGCCACAUUCCAAGGGAAAAAAUACAGUUCGUCGUAUUGGGAAAAAAAUAAACGCUUUGCUGAACAAGGAGCUGCUUUAGUCUUGGCCUGUUCGUUAGGUUUAGUCACGAAAGAGGAACUAAUUAAAGAUGGAAGUAUGUUGGAAUAAAAAUAAUUUUAGUUAACCAGUGUUUACUUUUUCCUGACAUUCUGGGUGGCUGAUGAAAAAUCUGACGCUGUGCUUAUUUAAUCUGAUUAAAAUUGAUCACAGGUUAAACCACUUUCAUUCAAAGGUAUUUUUUAAUAAUUUCUAAUUUC